UGAAUUUAAUUGUCAAAUAUCAAAUACGUUUAUUUGUAAAUAAUUGAGAAAUAGGGUUCUGAAGAAUCGGAAGUCGGAGUAACUAUAAGUAGUACUUAUUAAUAUUAUUUUCCAAAACAAAAUUGUGUAAAUAUGUCCGUUCCUAAUUUAACAAACAGUAUGAUUCAGCAACAAAAUUUAGUUAUUAAUCAAGUUCCACUUACUCACACAUUAAUGACCAAUGUGAAUGCUAAUAGUAUUCCAGUUGUGAACACUAUUUCCCACACCAAUUCGAACGACCACAGUGUGGAUAUGAAACCAGGAUUAUCUUUGGGAGAUUCUGUUGGAGGCACGACCAUAGUACAAAACACCAAUUCAAUUCCAAAAGCAGUCCAGCAAAUUGGGUCUUCAAGUGAGCCUCUUCAGCUCUUGACCAAGCAACGGCUCCAAGAUCUAGUUCGAGAAACAGACCAGACUUUGAAUUUGGAAGAGGAAGUUGAAGAAAUUAUUCUGAACUACGUGGACGAAUUUGUAGAUAGGUGUUUGAAUGGUGCUGCACUAAUUGCAAAAAAUCGACACACCAAUACCAUCGAGGUGAAAGAUGUCCAGCAAUUUUUGAAUCGUAACUAUAAUAUGUGGACACCUGGAUUUGGUACUGACGAGUUGAGGCCAUAUAAACGAAGCUUGACUACAGAAGCCCAUAAACAAAGAAUUGCUUUGAUCAGGAGAACUUUGAAGAAGUUUUAGUUUUGGGGGAGUUGUGUCCACAAUGUUUUUAUUUUUAUUAAAAGUGUUUUGAAGUUUAGAAUUUAAGUAUUGAUUUAUCGAUUUCUUUGAUUAGUUUUAUGAAUUACAAUGUUGGUAUGAUGAAA